CCCGAUCGCCUUCGGCUCUUUCCGGCCGCUUGGGGCGGUUCGGGCGUCGUCGGCGCCGCCUCGCUCCCCUUCGGCUGUUUCCGCGUUCCUGGCGCGCCGUUGUCCCGGCAACGCGCGGCGGCUCAGCGGCCAGGCGGAGCUUUCAGUGCUGACCAGGCCUGAGUUCCGUCAUGGCCCUCUAUUUUGACCACCGGAUAGAAGCCCCAGAGGCAGCAGGGUCACCCUCGCACAUCAGCUGGCACCCCGUCCAUCCGUUCCUGGCAGUCGCCUACAUCAGCACCACCUCGACAGGCAGCGUGGAUAUUUACCUGGAGCAGGGGGAGUGCGUGCCGGAUACACAUGUCGAGAGGCCGUUCCGGGUUGCUUCCCUGUGCUGGCACCCGACACGGCUGGUGCUAGCUGUGGGCUGGGAGACUGGAGAAGUGACGGUGUUUAACAAGCAGGACAAGGAGCAGCACCCGGUAUCCCCGACACACACGGCCGACAUCACCGUGCUCAGUUGGAGCCCCAGUGGGAACUGCCUGCUGUCUGGGGACAGGCUUGGUGUCUUGCUCUUGUGGAGGCUGGACCAAAGGGGCCGAGUGCAAGGGAUGCCCCUGCUGAAACACGAGUAUGGGAAACACCUCACGCACUGCAUCUUCCGGCUCCCCCCUCCUGGCGAGGACCUGGUUCAGUUGGCAAAGGCAGCUGUGAGCGGCGACGAGAAGGCUCUGGACAUGUUUAACUGGAAGAAAAGCAGCUCUGGAAGCUUGCUGAAGUUGGGGUCUCAGGAGGGGCUGUCGUUCUUUGUCAGUCUGAUGGAUGGGACGGUGCACUAUGUGGAUGAGAAGGGCAAGACCACUCAGGUGGUGUCCGCAGACAGCGCAAUCCAGACGCUGUUUUAUGUGGAGAAGAGGGAGGCGCUGGUGGUGGUCACAGAGAACCUCCGGCUGUCCCUGUACAUGGUGCCUCCUGAGCGCGAAGCAGAAGAAGUGAUGAAGGUCAAGCUGAGCGGGAAAACUGGCUGCCAGGCAGACAUCACUUUGAUUGAAGGCAGCCUUCUCGUGAUGGCUGUUGGGGAGGCUGCCCUCAGAUUCUGGGAUCUAGAACAUGGAGAGAAUUACAUACUGAGUCCAGACGAGAAGUUUGGCUUUGAGAAAGGAGAGAAUAUAAACUGUGUUUGUUACUGCAAAGUCAAAGGUCUUCUGGCUGCUGGCACUGACAGAGGACGAGUAGCCAUGUGGAGAAAAGUACCAGGCCUACCGGGCAGCCCUAGGGCAGAGGGCAAGGACAGGUGGGCCCUUCAGACCCCUACUGAGCUCCAGGGAAACAUCACGCAAAUCCAGUGGGGCUCCAGGAAGAACCUGCUGGCGGUGAACAACGUCAUCUCCGUGGCCAUCCUCAGCGAGCAGGCCAUGUCAUCACACUUCCACCAGCAGGUGGCCGCUGUGCAGGUCUCCCCGAGCCUGCUGAAUGUAUGCUUCCUGUCCACGGGGGCGGCACACAGCCUGCGCACGGACAUGCACAUCAGCGGGGUGUUUGCCACCAAGAAUGCUGUCGCAGUCUGGAAUGGAAGGGAGGUGGCGAUAUUCGAGCUUUCCGGAGCCACAAUACGGAGUGCAGGGACCUUCCUGUGUGAGACACCCGUGUUAGCAGUGCAUGAAGAAAGCGUUUAUACGGUGGAGCCAAACCGAGUUCAAGUUCGAACAUGGCAGGGGACUGUCAAACAACUCCUCCUUUUCUCUGAGACUGAGGGGAACCCAUGCUUCUUGGACAUCUGUGGGAAUUUCCUGGUUGUAGGGACAGACUUGGCUCACUUUAAAAGCUUUGAUCUUUCCCGAAGGGAGGCGAAAGCACACUGCAGCUGCAGGAGCCUGGCGGAGCUGGUCCCCGGGGUGGGGGGCAUCAGUUCUGUGCGGUGCAGCAGCAGCGGGAGCACUAUCAGCAUCCUCCCCAGCAAGGCCGACAACAGCCCCAGCUCCAAAAUCUGCUUCUACGAUGUUGAAAUGGACACAGUGACCAUCUUCGACUUCAAGACUGGACAAAUUGAUCACAGAGAGAUGCUGUCCUAUAAUGAGCAAGAGACUAAUAAGAGCUACCUUUUUGCGGAUGAGGGGCUGAAAAAUUAUGUCCCCGUGAAUCACUUCUGGGACCAGAGCGAACCCCGGCUGUUCGUCUGUGAAGCCGUGCAGGAGGUGCCGGGCUCCCAGCCACAGUCUGCAGACAGGCAGCCCCACGACGGGAAUGCCAGCCCCAUGGCAGAUGUUUUGAUUCUGUCCUUCUUCAUUUCUGAAGAGCACGGCUUUCUGCUUCAUGAGAGCUUCCCCCGGCCUUCUGCCUACCAUAAUCUUCUGGGGAUGGAAGUGCCCUAUUACUACUUCACGAGAAAGUUGUUGUUCCAGAGAGCAGGCGUGUAUGACGCAGUUCCUGAAGAAGUGGACAUAGAAGACAAGGUGGAGUCUGGGUACCACCACAUUCCUCAGAUGGUCGCCAGGAGACCCCUGCGAGACUUUGUGGGGCUGGAGGACUGUGACAAGGCCACACGGGACGCCAUGCUCCACUUCAGCUUCUUUGUCACCAUUGGAGACAUGGACGAAGCCUUCAAAUCCAUCAAACUCAUCAGAAGCGAGGCCGUCUGGGAGAACAUGGCGCGCAUGUGCGUGAAGACUCAGCGGCUGGACGUGGCCAAGGUGUGCCUGGGGAACAUGGGCCACGCCCGUGGGGCCAGAGCACUGCGCGAGGCGGAGCAGGAGCCGGAGCUGGAGGCCCGCGUGGCCAUGCUGGCCACACAGCUAGGCAUGCUGGAGGAUGCUGAGCAGCUGUAUAGGAAGUGCCAGCGCUAUGACCUCCUGAACAAGUUCUACCAGGCCUCGGGCCAGUGGCAGAAAGCCCUCGAGGUAGCCGAGCGCCACGACCGCGUGCACCUGCGCCAAACCUGCCACCGCUACGCCAGGCACCUGGAGGCCAGCGCCAACUGCAGCCAGGCCCUCAGCUACUACGAGAAGUCGGACACGCACCGCUUCGAGGUGCCCAGGAUGCUAUCGGAGGACCUGCCGUCCCUGGAGCUCUACGUGAAUAAGAUGAAGGAUAAGACCCUGUGGCGGUGGUGGGCACAGUACCUGGAGAGCCAGGGCGAGAUGGACACUGCGCUGCACUACUACCAGCUGGCCCAGGACCACUUCUCCCUGGUCCGCAUCCACUGCUUCCAGGGCAGCGUCCAGAAGGCUGCGCAGAUAGCCAACGAGACGGGAAACCUGGCGGCCUCCUACCACCUCGCCCGCCAGUACGAGAGCCAGGAGGAGGUGGGGCAGGCGGUACACUUCUACACCCAGGCGCAGGCCUUCAAGAACGCCAUUCGCCUGUGCAAGGAGAACGGCCUGGACGACCAGCUCAUGAACUUGGCCCUGCUCAGCUCCCCGGAGGACAUGAUCGAGGUGGCUCGAUACUAUGAGAAGGCCGCGCAGAUGGACAGGGCGGUCAUGCUGUACCACAAGGCUGGCCACUUCUCCAAGGCCUUGGAGCUGGCCUUUGCCACUCAGCAGUUUGUGGCCCUGCAGCUCAUAGCAGAGGACCUGGAUGAGACGUCAGACCCUGCACUCCUGGCCCGCUGCUCUGACUUCUUCAUUGAGCACAGUCAGUACGAGAGGGCGGUGGAGCUACUGCUGGCUGCCAGGAAGUAUCACAAAGCCCUGCAGCUGUGCCUGGAGCAGAACAUGACUAUCACCGAGGAGAUGGCCGAGAAGAUGACAGUGUCUAAGGACUCCACGGACCUGCCUGAGGAGUCUCGGCGGGAGCUGCUGGAGCAGAUAGCAAACUGCUGCAUGCGCCAGGGCAGCUACCACCUGGCCACCAAGAAGUACACGCAGGCUGGGAACAAGCUGAAGGCCAUGAGAGCACUGCUCAAGUCUGGAGACACAGAGAAAAUCACGUUCUUCGCGAGCGUGUCCAGGCAGAAGGAAAUCUACAUCAUGGCUGCCAACUACCUGCAGUCCCUGGACUGGCGCAAGGAGCCGGAGAUCAUGAAGAAUAUCAUCAGCUUCUACACCAAGGGGCGGGCUCUGGACCUCCUGGCCGGCUUUUACGAUGCUUGUGCCCAGGUGGAGAUUGAUGAAUACCAGAACUAUGAGAAAGCCCAUGGGGCUCUGACCGAGGCUUACAAGUGCCUGUCCAAGGCCAAGACCAAGAGCCCCCUGGACCAGGAGACCAGGCUGGCGCAGCUGCAGAGCAGGAUGGCACUGGUGAAGAGGUUCAUCCAGGCCCGCAGGACAUACACGGAGGACCCCAAGGAGUCCGUCAAGCAGUGCGAGCUGCUCCUAGAGGAGCCAGACCUGGACAGCACCGUUCGCACUGGGGACGUCUACGGCUUCCUGGUGGAGCACCAUGUGCGGACGGAGGAGUACCAGACGGCUUACAGGUUCCUGGAGGAGAUGCGGCGGCGGCUUCCCACGGCCAACAUGUCCUACUACGUGAGCCCGAGGGCUGUAGAGGCCGUGCACCAGGGGCUGGGUCUCCCACUGACUCGCACCAUGCCCGAGCGGGUCCGACACAACAGCAUGGAGGACCCCAGGGAGCCAGACGAGGAGGUGGUGGAAGAGGCAGCCGACGACCCCUGACGGGCCUGGGCCCCGGGGCCAGCAUGCUGCUGCAGGAAGGCAUCUUCCAGAAUUUUCCAGUGGUCAGCUGCAGCACAGCCAGCUUUUUUGCUGGGAAAAACCAUGUCUGUGAGGGAAUACACAGGAGAGCUGAGAGAGGAUGCCGUGGGCCAGGAGGGCCGACCCAUCUGCAUCUUGCUCCGCUCCACCUGCCUCUGGGUGCCCAGCAGCUCCGGUAGAUUUUUGGAUCCGUUCCUUUAAAGGAAGUCGGGUUCACUCUUCCAUCGUAGUCUCCCAACUAUACAUUGUAAAGCCUGAGAAACUUCUAGAACCUCAGGAAUGGAGGCUGCAGCUGGAGGGCUGAGGCACCUGUCCCCCUGUUCCCAGCAUAUCCUCCCCACACUCCUGCAGGGCCCACAGCUCCCAAGCAACAGCUGGGACACUCAGAUCCUCGUGGCCACAGCCCCUGCUAGGCUCUGCCCACCAGCCACCAACACUCAUUUAAUUCUAAUAAAGUAGUUUAUUUUCUGAGA